GUAAAAAACGUGCUGCUGUUCUUUUUUUUCCUCCACACGCGAUAGUGAAGUUCGAGAAAUUUUCUAAGAUCAAGUAUUUGCUUGCAAGAAUUUAAUUUCGGUUCAAAUUAAGAAAAAAAAAAUGUUAAGAAUACCGAAGUUCAUCCCAAGAUUGAUUGGACAACGAUUUGUUGCUCCAGAUCACGGAAAGUUCUUAGUAAAGAACACUUAUGGAGUCACCACCCAACUGCGUCAGAAAUCUGGCGAAGUCAAAGGUGCCGUCAUCGGUAUCGACUUGGGUACCACAAAUUCUUGCGUGGCUGUAAUGGAAGGUAAGCAAGCAAAGGUUAUUGAAAACGCGGAAGGUGCACGUACUACGCCGUCCCAUGUUGCUUUUACCAAGGACGGUGAGCGUCUGGUUGGUAUGCCAGCGAAACGUCAGGCAGUUACAAAUUCAGCUAACACAUUUUAUGCGACGAAGCGUUUGAUCGGCCGUCGCUUUGAUGAUCCCGAAAUUAAGAAGGAUUUGAAAAAUUUGUCAUACAAAGUAGUGAAAGCAUCAAAUGGAGAUGCUUGGGUUUCAGCAACCGAUGGCAAAGUGUACUCUCCCUCCCAAAUUGGUGCUUUUAUUUUAGUAAAAAUGAAGGAAACAGCUGAGGCGUAUCUCAAUACACCAGUGAAAAAUGCCGUUGUCACUGUUCCCGCCUACUUCAAUGACUCACAGCGUCAAGCCACAAAAGAUGCUGGUCAAAUUGCUGGACUGAAUGUGUUGCGUGUUAUCAAUGAACCUACCGCCGCCGCAUUGGCCUACGGCAUGGAUAAGACCGAUGACAAAAUAAUUGCUGUAUAUGAUUUGGGUGGUGGUACGUUCGAUAUCUCUAUUUUGGAAAUUCAGAAAGGAGUUUUUGAAGUAAAGUCUACAAAUGGCGACACUCUGCUUGGCGGUGAAGAUUUUGAUAAUACAAUUGUCAACUACUUGGUGUCUGAGUUUAAGAAGGAUACUGGAAUCGAUAUUACCAAAGAUAAUAUUGCUAUGCAACGUUUAAAGGAAGCUGCUGAAAAAGCCAAGUGUGAGUUGUCCUCAUCGCAACAGACAGAUAUCAAUUUGCCCUACUUAACCAUGGAUACUUCUGGCCCACAACAUAUGAAUUUGAAAAUGACCCGUUCUAAGCUCGAAAGCCUCGUCGGUGAUUUAAUAAAGCGUACAAUUCAGCCCUGUCAAAAGGCUCUGUCUGAUGCCGAGGUUUCUAAGGCAGAAAUCGGUGAAGUUUUGCUGGUCGGUGGUAUGACAAGAAUGCCAAAAGUACAGCAAACAGUACAAGAUCUUUUCGGCCGACAGCCUUCACGUGCCGUAAAUCCCGAUGAAGCUGUAGCCGUCGGUGCCGCAGUACAAGGUGGUGUACUCGCUGGAGAUGUCACCGAUGUUUUGCUUCUCGAUGUCACACCAUUGUCUCUGGGUAUCGAAACAUUGGGCGGUGUUUUUACCCGUCUUAUCUCCCGCAAUACUACCAUUCCCACCAAGAAAUCGCAGGUAUUCUCUACCGCCGCUGAUGGCCAAACGCAAGUGGAAAUUAAGGUACACCAAGGCGAGCGUGAAAUGGCAUCUGAUAAUAAAAUGCUUGGAUCUUUCACAUUGGUGGGCAUUCCACCCGCACCCCGUGGUGUUCCACAAAUCGAAGUAGUGUUCGAUAUUGAUGCCAACGGUAUCGUUCACGUUUCCGCUAAAGACAAAGGUACCGGCAAGGAACAACAAAUCGUUAUUCAAUCAAGCGGUGGCUUAAGCAAGGAUGAAAUCGAAAACAUGAUUAAGAAAGCUGAAGAAUAUGCUGCUACUGACAAGAAGAAGCGUGAGUUGAUUGAAUUGGUCAAUCAAGGAGAGAGUAUUGUGCAUGACACCGAGACUAAGAUGGAGGAAUUCAAGAGCCAAUUACCAGCUGAAGAAUGUGAGAAACUAAAGAAAGAAAUCGCUGACUUGCGUACGCUCCUGGCCAACAAGGAAACCGCUGAGCCUGAGGAAGUCAGAAAAGCCACCAGUCAAUUGCAACAAUCAUCGCUGAAACUCUUUGAGAUGGCAUAUAAAAAGAUGUCCGCGGAACGCGAGAGUAGCGCAGCUGGGGGAAGCAGCAGUUCUGAACAGACUACCUCGGAAGAACAGAAGGAGGGAAAGAACUAAAAUAAUUCUUUGGUUGAGGGGUACGCUUGUGUGAAUUGUAUCGAGUAAAUAUUAUAAUAAUCGAAUCCUACCCAUUUGCCACUCUACAUUCGAAACGGUAGGUAGAGUGAAACUCAUGCGACCAUGAUGAUCCAUAAAUUUUUAAUUGUUUCUUAUGGAAUCCUACAAUCAAGUGAGAGGAUCUCGACAUUGCUAAUUUUUUUUUAAUCAGCAAACAGGAUUUCGAAAUAAGAUAUGACCACAAUUUUAUUUGUAUGUGGUUUUUGUUAACUUAAUAAAAUAGAUUAGUUUCUAAUUACUUAGAAUAAACAAAAUCGCAAAGAAGAGAAUAUUCGCAUAAAAACGAAACUGAAAUGGAUUAUUUUUAAGCAGUUUAUUGUUAGUGAUUUAACAUUUGUGUAAAAUGAGCGUACACCAAGUUGCGUUUAUUUUCUUGUGAAGUACACUAAAUAUGAAAUAUGUAUAUAAAUAUAUGUAUUAAUAAAUAAUAACAUAAAUAGUA